GUAUUGUAUUGUACACUGAUACUGAUACUGAUACUGAUGGUGACGCCCUUAUUUAUAUAUAACACAAUUGUGUCCUUGCUUUUAUUGACAAAAAUGCUGGCGCAAGUUUGAAUAGUGCAAUUCAAAUUAUCAUUGGGAUGAUUUAGUAGCCAAACACGUUUUUUGCCAUUUCUUCAACAAAUAUCUGUCAUAAAAAUGACACUGAUUCACUGCUCAGUUGUCUUUUGGAUCUAAGUAGCAUCAGUAAACAAGACUAGUUUAUUGUUCUCUAAAAGCUGAAGCAGUUCAAAAUGACUUUGAUGCUUACCGAUCUAUUAGAUGAUACAAGCCUUUAGGGCCUUGAUACAAACAUUAUAAAAUUCACUAAAUGCCCUGGCACCGAGUUUCUCAGAUGUCCAUACUAUUUCAUAUGUAAAAAAUGGCUCGCAUUGUAGACGUGGCUUUAUUGUGAUGCAUUGCUGCUGAUUGGGAGUAAGUAAGAGCCAAGGAGCAGCCUGAUCUAGGAGCCUGAUCAAGGAGCAACCUGAUCUAGGAGAAGUUGCCAUCUCCAUCUCUAUCUAAGCGAUUCGUCCUAAUUCGAUUUACGGACUAAGAGUGUGUGCAGCCCUCCGUCCGCCUGCCGACGUCAUGUCCAUCGUCGUGUGGUCGCUGCUGCUCACGGCGGUGGCGGCCGCAGCGGCCGACCCCACGCCGCCCCUGCAGGUCGUGCUCUACUACGAGUCGCUCUGCCCCGACUGCCAGGCGUUCGUGUCUGGCAGCUUCGCCGAGGCGUGGCACGCCGUGCCCGAGAUCCUGAACGUCACACUGGUGCCCUGGGGGUUCGCCACAGCCACGCCGGACGGCGCCGGCGGCUGGACGUUCCAGUGUCAGCACGGCCCGGCCGAGUGUCGCGGCAACAAGCUGCACGCGUGCGGCGUCUAUCUGGCUCCCAGCCCGGCCGUCUCGGUGGACUUUUCCAUCUGCCUGGAGUCGCAGAUGGCCGGCGAGCAGUGCGCCCAGCAGACGGGGCUCGACUGGCUGUCACUGACCGACUGCCAGCUGCGGAGGGACACCGACCAGCUGAUGAUCCCCUACCGCGACAUGACGGACGCGGCGCGGCCGGAGAUCGUCGAGGUGCCCACCGUCAGCGUCGACGGCCGCCAGGAGCACCAGGGGCAGAUGCUGGACGACUUCCUCGGCUACGUGUGCUCGGUGUGGCAGGGCGACACGCCGGACGGCUGUCCGCCAGCGCGCUAAGACAGCGGAGACCGGAACAGACCGGUUCGGCUGCGACUAGGUGAUGUGCUGUGGCUGAAAAUAGUGAAACGGGGGAGCGAAAUAUGUCUUCUAAACAGUGCUACAAUGCGUCGUGAUUCUGUGCCUUUUUCCGGACUGUUCUUUUUUUACGUGCCCUUGUUGAGAGGGAUGUGCCGUCCAAACCAACCCAAUCGUGAGGGGGAACUAGCUGAUGCAUUAGACGACACAUAUAAAAAAGUUUUAGGUGCCAAAGAUCCAGGGCAGCGUUUGUGGGUGGUUGCUACUUUCCGGGAUACAGGGCUCACGUCUACGUGGUUGUGCUCUUGCUUCUUACCACCGAGAGCAAUACAUGGCUUGUGAGGAGACUGC